AUGGCUGUAAGCCAAUUUUUUCUGUCCUUACAAGCAAUAGCAGUUUUAAAACUCUUAGGUUCAUCAUCAAGGGAGAAUCUUUUAUCUAUGGUUGAUCUCUGCCAUCAGUCAGAUGAUGAAGACGAGGAAGAUGAAGAAAGCAGUGCUGAGGAAUCUUUGCUAGAGAAGACAUUUAAUGAACGAAAUUCAUUAAAUGCAGAUAAUCAUAAUCAUAGAAAAUGUUUACCUUUCCGGUUGGUUCAUGUUCGAAGCCGCCAGAAAAUUGUAAUUUUGUAUUUAUUAAUUUAUCAAGCAACUCUUCUAGUUAUUGUAAUAAUGUUGGCUUGUGCUGUUAUAAUCUGGAUUGGGAUGGGGAAAAACCCUAUUGAUUCUACAGUGGUGGCUCGGGUAUAUGUAGAGGUUUUUGCAGGAGCAAUGCUUUUAUUAGCUGAAGCACUAGCUUGUUAUGGAAUAUUACUAUGCCUGAAAAUGAGCAAAGUCAGAACUGAAAGAGCUUCUUCAGAGCUUUGGAAGGUUGCGGGUUUAGCUGUUGUUUGUGUUAUAUGUUUCACCUCUAAUGCUUUUGUGGCUUUGUUAACUGGCAUUCCUAUACUUUAUCACUGGCAUGACCAGGAAAGGAAUGGUGCUUGUAUAUCUCUUCUAAUUUUGUAUUACUUUGUAGGUUCAUCAAUCCCCUCAGCCUUUUUAUUAUGGGUAAUGAGAGAAGCACCACCAUUAAUAACAACUUAUGCACAACAAGAAUCAGCUACAUUAACUUUCGUAAGUGAUAGUACAGCAGCAAUACCAAAUCCUCAACACUGGACGACUGCGCCAAGUGUGAGAAAUCAGGGUGAUAAAGUUAGAGUAGUACAGACUCUACUGUUUGUUGAAGGAAUUAACACACUUCUUCAAACUCUCUUUGGAACUAGACUGCCUACUAUUAUUGGAGGGUCUUAUGCAUUCAUGGUCCCUAUUAUAUCUAUCAUUCAUGAUUCAUCAUUGGCUAGUAUUGAGGACCCUCAUAUCGCAGUGUGUUUUGCUUUAAUGGGCAUUGGCAACUCAUUUCAUGCUCAAGAAACUACUGUGAGUGGGUAA